AUGGCCUCCUCGUCUGCCGCUCAGCUUUGUGACACUAUCCCUGCUGCUAGACUGGCCGGGCCCUCCUCAGACUCACGCACACCUUCGCCGCCUCCUACCAGCACUACUUUCGUUGUUCCCACUCUCGACAAGAGCUCGGUAGACUCGGACUGGAAACCUCAACGCAGUCAGACCGCGAACGGUCACGAGGACGACCACGGCGAACAUGACCAUGCCAAGGGUCCUGCGCCUUCACAACCCCCAGCACGCAAGCUCUGUGUCCGGCACCAGCGUAUGGCUGACGAAGGCACCAACUUGAAACUCCAACAGGCUUUGGAUGCGCUUCCAGUCGAGGAGCGGGAGGCCGUUAAUACCGUCUGGCAGCACUUCUCGUCUUCGCCACAUCGUCGGCGAGAGCUUAUCCUGCGCGGCAUCCUCACCAUGUGCUGCUUCUCCCAACUCUCGCUCUUGACGGACCAACUUCACCAAAUGAUCCGCAUCGACCCAUUUGCUGUCCUGCCGCGGGAAGUUGGCUUGAAGAUCCUAUCGCACCUCGACGCAACCUCCCUAUGUCGAGCCGCCCAGGUGUCACGCAGUUGGAGGAACCUUGCGGACGACGAUAUUCUAUGGCGGGGGAUCUGCGAACAACAUAUCGGUACCAAGUGCACCAAGUGUGGUUGGGGCCUGCCAGUUCUCGAACGGCGCCGGCGUGUUCCUAUGCCUUCAUCACCGUCACCCGACUCGCACGCACACUCUGAUACCUCUGCGGGCAAACGUAAACGGGAGGACUCUCCGGACCCUCAACAGGCAAAGCGUCAUCGCGCCGAGGCUUCUCUGUCUGUACCUCCUGCUAUCUCCUCUCCACGACCUACCACGCCCGUAUCGCAGCCGGAACUCUCCCUCAUCGCACCCGCACCUACCGCAUACUCUACCCGCCCGUGGAAGGACGUAUACUCUGAGCGGUUGAAGGUCGAGCGUAACUGGCGUCGGGGCCGAUGUUCCGUUCGCACGCUUAAGGGCCACACGGACGGCGUGAUGUGCCUGCAGUUCAGCGAGACGCUCAAUUAUCCUUGUUUCCCCAUACUCAUCACCGGGAGCUACGACCGUACGGUGCGCGUAUGGAACCUGGAGACAGGCGACCAGAUGCAGGAGAUGCGUGGACAUCGGCGUGCUGUGAGGGCGUUGCAGUUCGACGAGGUCAAGCUUGUUACGGGAAGCAUGGACGGCACCUUGAAGGUGUGGAAUUGGCGGACGGGCGCGUGCGUGCGGACGUUAGAGGGACAUACGGAGGGCGUCAUCUGUCUUCACUUCGACGCGGACAUCCUUGCCAGCGGUAGCGUUGAUCAUACGGUCAAGCUCUGGAACUUCAAGACGGGCGAAUGCUUCACGCUGCGGGGCCACCAUGACUGGGUGAACGCCGUGCAACUAUGGGACGCCGGCGCAGCAUAUGCGUCUGUGGCCGCUACCGAACCGCGCGAGCCGCGCCCGUUGUGCAUUGAGCCUGGCAAGAUGCUCUUCUCCGCCAGCGACGAUGGCACGAUCCGACUAUGGGAUCUCGCUGCGCGAGCUUGCGUACGCACUUUCCGAGGACACAUGGGCCAGGUGCAGAGCAUGCGACUCAUGUUCCCCUGUACGACCGAGCCGACGCCUCCGCCCGCCGGCCACCCUGGUGCGGACGCUAUCGUCGCCGAGCAAACCCGCGCCGCCCUUCCCACGCUCGUGAGCGGGAGCCUCGACAACACCGUCAAGUUGUGGGACGUCGGCACCGCUCAACCCGUCCGCACGCUCUUCGGGCAUAUCGAAGGCGUAUGGGCUGUCGGGUGCGACUCGAUGCGUCUGGCUAGUGGUAGUCACGAUCGGACGAUCAAGGUGUGGAGUCGGGAGGAUGGGAGGUGUACGAGUACGCUCGUGGGUCACUCGGGUGCUGUCACUUGUCUUGCCCUUGGGGAGGACAAGAUCGUCAGUGGGAGUGAUGAUGGGGAUGUGAGGGUUUGGUCGUUUGCGAGUUAG